AUGGUCAUCGCAGGCGGCCAGGAGAACAUCUGCUGCGCUCUUAUCUACGCCGUUAUUAUCACUGCGCUGCUUCUGCUGUUUUACGAUGCGUUCAGGGACAGAUCGCCACCGUCCUCCCACAGCAGCGGUGACCUUCCCAACAUGGCCGACAGCGAGGACAGUAAGUUCCUGUUUCUGCAGAAUGACUUCAAGAACAGCGGUUUGGCUCAGGCCGACUGGGCGGCCAAGAAGAUGGUGUGGAUCCCGUCGGAGAGAGAGGGCUUCGAAGCAGCCAGCGUCAAGGAGGACAAGGGAGAGCAGGUUCUGGUGGAGCGGUCCAAUGGGCAGAAGUCUUCUGUGAAUAAAGAGGAUGUGCAGAAAAUGAAUCCUCCAAAGUUCAGUAAAGUGGAAGACAUGGCGGCGCUGACGUUUCUGAACGAGGCCUCGGUUCUGCACAACCUCAAAGAGAGAUACUUCUCCAGCCUCAUCUACACGUACUCCGGCCUGUUCUGUGUGGUGGUGAACCCUUACAAGAUGCUGCCCAUUUACUCAGAGAAGAUCAUUGAGAUGUACAAAGGAAAGAAACGCCACGAAGUCCCUCCGCACAUCUACUCCAUCACCGACAACGCCUACCGCAACAUGAUGCAAGAUCGAGAAGACCAGUCCAUCCUCUGCACAGGAGAGUCCGGAGCCGGGAAAACCGAGAACACAAAGAAGGUGAUUCAGUAUCUGGCCGUGAUCGCCUCGUCUCAUAAAGGCAAGAAGGACCCGGCCGCUCAACAAUCUGGAUCUCUGGCCUUCGGGGAGUUGGAGAAGCAGCUUCUUCAGGCCAACCCGAUCCUGGAGGCCUUUGGAAACGCCAAGACCAUCAAGAACGACAACUCCUCCAGAUUUGGAAAGUUCAUCAAACUGAACUUUGACGUGACCGGUUUCAUCGUCGGAGCCAACAUCGACACCUAUUUACUGGAGAAGUCUCGGUGCAUCCGUCAGGCUCGCACCGAGAGAGCCUUCCACAUCUUCUACUACAUGGUGUCAGGCUCUCAGGGCAAGCUCAAAGAGGACCUUCUGUUGGAGGACUUCAGUCGGUACCGGUUCCUGGUGGAGGGACAUGUGGAGGUACCAGGGCAGGAGGAUGACGAGAUGUUCACAGAGACCAUGGAGGCGAUGGAGAUCAUGGGCUUCACUGAGGACGAGCGCAUCGGGAUGCUGAAGGUGGUGUCCACGGUGCUGCAGCUCGGAAACAUCACAUUUGAGAAAGAGCGAAACAGCGAACAGGCCACGAUGCCCGACGACACCGCUGCUCAGAAAGUGUGCCACCUUCAGGGCAUCAACAUCACGGACUUCACCCGCUCCAUCCUCACGCCCAGGAUCAAAGUGGGACGAGAGGUGGUGCAGAAGGCCCAGACCAAGCAGCAGGCAGACUUUGCGGUGGAGGCUUUGGCCAAAGCGAUGUACGAGCGUCUGUUCCGGUGGAUUCUGGCUCGAGUGAAUAAGACUCUGGACAAAAGCAAGAGACAGUCGUCCUCGUUCCUGGGCAUCCUGGACAUCGCAGGAUUUGAGAUAUUCGAGGAUAACUCGUUCGAGCAGUUGUGUAUAAACUACACAAACGAGCGUCUGCAGCAGUUGUUUAACCACACCAUGUUCGUGCUGGAGCAGGAGGAGUACAAACGCGAAGGCAUCGACUGGAACUUCAUCGACUUCGGCCUCGACCUGCAGCCCUGCAUCGAGCUCAUCGAGAGGCCGAACAACCCACCUGGUAUCUUGGCGCUUCUGGACGAGGAGUGCUGGUUCCCCAAAGCCAGCGACACCUCGUUUGUGGAGAAGCUUCUGAACACUCACUCGGCUCACGUCAAGUUCUCCAAACCCAAACAGCACAAAGACAAACUCAUGUUCACCGUGCUGCACUACGCCGGGAAGGUCGACUAUAACGCUGCUAACUGGCUGACGAAGAACAUGGACCCUCUGAACGACAAUGUGACGGCUCUGCUCAACAACUCGUCCAACAACUUCAUCCAGGACCUGUGGAAAGACGCCGACCGUGUUGUGGGUCUGGACACUUUGACCAAGAUGUCGGAGAGUUCUGCUCCGACCAAGUCCAAAAAGGGCAUGUUCCGCACCGUGGGGCAGCUGUACAAAGAGUCUCUGGGGAAACUGAUGACCACUCUGCACAACACGCAGCCAAACUUCGUCCGCUGCAUCAUCCCCAACCACGAGAAACGGUCGGGGAAGAUGGACGCUCAGCUGGUGUUGGAGCAGCUGAGGUGUAACGGGGUCCUGGAGGGAAUCCGCAUCUGCAGACAGGGCUUCCCCAACCGCAUCAAACACGUCUGUAACGCUGAGGUGUCUGUGGAUCAGAAACACGUCUGUAACGCUGAGGUGUCUGUGGAUCAGAAACACGUCUGUAACGCUGAGGUGUCUGUGGAUCAGAAACACGUCUGUAACGCUGAGGUGUCUGUGGAUCAGAAACACGUCUGUAACGCUGAGGUGUCUGUGGAUCAGAAACACGUCUGUAACGCUGAGGUGUCUGUGGAUCAGAAACACGUCUGUAACGCUCAGGUGUCUGUGGAUCAGAAACACAAACACGUCUGUAACGCUGAGGUGUCUGUGGAUCAGAAACACGUCUGUAACGCUGAGGUGUCUGUGGAUCAGAAACACGUCUGUAACGCUGAGGUGUCUGUGGAUCAGAAACACGUCUGUAACGCUGAGGUGUCUGUGGAUCAGAAACACGUCUGUAACGCUGAGGUGUCUGUGGAUCAGAAACACGUCUGUAACGCUGAGGUGUCUGUGGAUCAGAAACACGUCUGUAACGCUGAGGUGUCUGUGGAUCAGAAACACGUCUGUAACGCUGAGGUAUACGAGAUCCUGGCGGCGAAUGCGAUUCCUAAAGGCUUCAUGGACGGGAAGCAGGCCUGCUGUCUGAUGAUGAAGCACUUGGACUUGGACUCAAACCUGUUCCGUAUCGGUCAGAGUAAGAUGUUCUUCAGGACCGGAGUCUUGGCUCAGCUGGAGGAAGAGCGGGACCUCAAACUCACCGUCGUCAUCAUCGCCUUCCAGGCCCAGGCCAGAGGGUUCCUCGCACGCAAGGCGUUCAGCAAACGUCAGCAGCAGCUCACCGCCAUGAAGGUGAUCCAGAGAAACUGUGCUUGUUAUUUAGUCCUGAGGAACUGGCAGUGGUGGAGGCUCUUCACCAAGGUGAAGCCGCUGCUGCAGGUGACGCGACAGGAAGAGGAAAUGGGGCAGAAGGAGGAGGAGCUAAAGGCGGCGAAGGAGUCGGCGACGAAAGCUGAGGCUGAACUCAGGGACGUCACUCAGAAACACAGCCAGCUGUUGGAGGAGCGCGCUGCUCUGGAGUUGCGGCUUCAGGCGGAGACAGAGCUCUACGCUGAGGCCGAGGAGAUGAGGCUGAGGCUGGAGACCAAGCACCAGGAGCUGGAGGAGGUGCUGCGGGAGAUGGAAGUGCGCCUGGAGGAGGAGGAGGAGAGGGCCACUACUCUGCACGACCACAAGAGGGAGCUAGAGCAGCAGCUACAGCACGCAGAGUCUCACAUCGCGGAGCAGGAAGACGCCUUCCAGAAACUGCAGCUGGAGAAAAACACUUUUGAAACUAAAAUGAAGAAGAUGGAGGAGGAGCUUCUGAUGAUGGACGACCACAACAACAAGACACUAAAGGAGAAGAAGUCGCUGGAGGAGAGACUCGCCGACAUGACGUCGAACUUAACUGAGGAAGAAGAGAAAUCCAAGAACUUAACCAAACUCAAAACCAAACACGAGUCUAUGAUCUCGGAGCUGGAGGUGCGUCUGAAGAAGGAGGAGAAAAGCCGUCAGGACGUGGAAAAGGCCAAGAGGAAAGUGGAGGCGGAGCUUAUGGAGACGCAGGAGCAGAACAACGACCUGCAGAGACAGCUGGAGGAGCUGAGAGCGCAGCUCACAGGCCGGGAGGAGGAACUGCAGGCCACCAGCGCACGCCUGGAGGAGGAGAGCGCCCAGCGAGCGUUGGCGGUGAAGCGGGUGCGGGAUCUGGAGGGUCUUCUGACGGAGCUGCAGGAGGACGUGGAGAGAGAGCGAUCGCACAGAAACAAGAGCGAAGCCGCGAGACGAGAGCUGGAGACGGAGCUGCACCAUCUGAGGAGCGAGCUGGAGGACAGUCUGGACACUACUGCAGCCCAACAGGAACUACGAGUGAAGCGGGAGCAGGAGGUGCUGAUGCUGAGGAGGUCCAUGGAGGAGGAGGUCCGAGCUCACGAGGCCCAGAUCCAGGACCUCAGACAGAGACAGAACCAGAGCCUGGAGGAGCUGAGCGAGCAGCUGGAGCAGGCCAAGAGGGUGCGCUCCGGGCUGGAGAAGACCAAGCAGUCUCUGGAGAAGGAGGCCUCGGAGAUGAGAGCCGACCUACAGACUCUGUCCAGCUCCAAACAGGAAGUGGAACACAGGAAGAAGAAGGUGGAAGCCCAACUGUCCGAGCUGCAGAUGAGGUUCAGCGAAGGCGAGAGGCAGAGGAGCGAGCUGGGGGAGAGAGUCAGCAAGAUGACCAUGGAGCUGGAAACGGUGAACAGUUUGUUGAACGAAGCCGAAAACAAAAACAUCAAACUGAGCAAAGAAGUGUCCGGCCUCAGCUCCCAACUGCAGGACGUCCAGAUACAAAUUGAGCCUGAAGGGAGAGCAAUGCACCCCAUGGUAGUGGCAGUGCCCCUUCUGAACGUGUAA